AUGUAGAAAAUCAUAUUAUUAACUUUCAUAAGCUUAGGCUACUCAAGGUUGAGCUUUAAAGAAGGUUAAUAUGAUUAUAGUGAUAUAUUUAAAAGUGAAGGAGAAUUUCCAUAAGGAACAAAAUGCAAAAAGGUUAAUGCAAAAUAAUUAGAUCCUUUGUUUGAUGAUUAUCAAGUGAUAUAUUCUGGAUAUUUGAGUGUUUAAGAAGAUAGUAAUUCAUCUUUGGGAUUUAUUUUUUAUGGAAGUUAAAAAGCCAAAUAAGAAAGUGAACUCUAAAAUUAUCCAACAUUGAUAUGGUUGAAUGGUGGACCAGGAUCAUCAUCUUAAUUAGGAAACUUUAUGGAAUUAGGACCAUUGUUAAUGUAAAAGAAUGGUAGUUUAACGAAGAAUUUAUAUGCUUGGAAUACAGAAUAUGAUGUAAUUUUUAUAGAUUAACGAAUUGGUACAGGUUUAGCAUAUGUUGAAAAAUAAUCAGAAGUACCAAAAAAUUAGAAAUAAAUUGGAAAACAUUUUUUAUAUGCAUUAAAUUCGUUCUUAUUUGAUGCAAAGGGAUGUGUGGAAUAGUAAAAUGUGAAAGGAUUGACUUAAUCAGCUUGGUUUAUAUUUGGUGAAAGUUAUGCUGGGAAGUAAAAAUUGAUAUGAUUUAGAUCUGCUCCAACAAUAGCAAAGGCAAUAUUAGAUAAUAAUUAGAAUGGAGAGAAGAAGAUUCCAUUGAAAGGUGUAGGAAUAGGAGAUCCUUUUACAGAUCCAUAUGCAGUAAUAGCAGAAUAUGCAGCAUAUUCAUUUAAUUUAGGUUUGAUAGACAUUCAAGAGAGAAUGAAAGUAGAUUCAAUAUUAGCAUAUGGAUUGAAAGAAUUAAAUAAAGGUAAUACUUUGGCAGCAAGAGAUGCUUUUGGGGAAUCUUUAAACAUUAUAAUUACACAAAGCGGUGGUAUGAAUGUUUAUAAUGUUCUUUAAUAUGGUUAUUAUGAAGAAGUAGAGGAUAAAGUAGAGGAAUAUUUGAAUAAGAUUUCAAUAGUGAAUAUAUUUGGAUUUAGCGAAGAUUGGAAAUAUAAAAUUAGUAAUGGUGGUGAUGGUCCAGUGAUUUUAUGUUGAGAGAUGUUGUAAAGAGAGUCGAAGAAGUAGUUAAAUAGAUUCCAUUUUUGGUAUAUAAUGGGCAGAAUGAUUUGAUUUGUUCAACUCCAGGGACUUUGAGAUGGGUUUAUGAUUUGAAAUAUGAAAAGAUUUAGGAAUAUCGAGAAAAGGAUUUCGAUGUAUUAAAGAUUACAGGAACAAAUAAGAUAGUUGGAUAUUAGAAGUAAGCUGGAAAUUUAGAAUUAGUAUUAAUAAAUAAUGCUGGACAUUUGGUACCUACUGAUUAGCCAGAAGCAUCAUUAUAAAUGGUUACAACAUUCGUUAAUAAACAUAAAUGA